AUGCAGGAUGAAGAAGGCUACGCAGUGCUUCGUCUCCAGUCCAAGAAGAAGGAGUUUUCCCAACUGCCUCCAGAUUCCCACAGACCUCCCCAGUGGCAGGGGACCCCUCUGAAAGUGGCCUUCACAGUCAUCGUGAUUCUCCAGGUAGUGAUGUUGGUGCUGAUUUGUUUAGAACAGAGAAAUUUCCCUGGGUCGAUGGAGGCCCUGGGAGAGGACUUUGAGCUGGGAACCGAGCUCAAGAGAUGUUCACCCUUCACGGAAUCCAGAGAAGAUGGUUCUGGUUUCAGAGACCCAAAAACUGCUGAUCUCUUUCUCUUCCCAGUGGCAUUUGGACAACAAGUGUGCCCAGAAGGCUGGAAGCUGCACAGACAGAAGUGCUAUUUUUUUUACAACUUGACUAUAAAGAGAACCUGGAAUGAGUCUAAAACAAUCUGUUCCGAAAAGAAGUCCCACCUGGCAGUGAUUCGGGACACCUGUGACAUGGUGAGGGAUGAAGCUUGA